AUGACCUCCCCCAUUCGACUCUUUGCCUCUGACGACACCCUGAAGUCUGUCACCAUCUUCAAGUCCGACAGAGCUGAGGUCACGCGUGCCUUCACUGCCACUUUAGAGGAUGGACAGAAUAAUAUCGAGAUAGUGGGGCUGUCUAGCUGUGUAGAGGUCGACUCUGUCCGUGUUACUGGUCUGGGUGACGCGCGGCUCUUUGAGGCCUCUUGCAAGUUGCAGAGACGGGAAACUUGGCGCAAAUUGGAUCCGUCGUCGGACUCUGAGCGCAUCCGCGUCCUUAACGAGAAGAAGGCACUGUUGCAGCAAGAGAAGGCCGUAUGCGAGAAUGCUUCCUCCAUCCUCCGGGACUAUGGGAAGUCUCUGUCAGGCGAGCAUAUCACGCCGGCGGAUGCAGACAAAUUCCUCGACCAGUAUCUGGCUCGAGGCUCCACUCUCGCUCGUAAUGCAGCGAAGCUAGACGGAGAAUUGCUCAUGCUGCAGCGGGAGAUUGAUGAUAUAUUGGCCGACAGUUCUUCGAAGAUGGGUAGUACAGAUGGCCAAGUCAAUGUCACGAUCAUGGCGAAGACUCAGACUGAGAUCAUACUAAAGCUCGUCUAUGUUGUUCGUCAGGCCCGGUGGAAGCCAUCCUACGAACUACAUGCAUACCCCGACAAGUCCGGCCUUCCAGUACCUUCCGUCUCGCUUCACUAUAGAGCGAUGAUUGUUCAAGGCACUGGAGAGAACUGGGAAGGUGUCGCGCUUACGCUUAGCACUGCCAGCCCCAGUCUUGCCGAUGAGUCGAUCCCGGAGUUGAAGCCGACGCGAAUCAGCCCUCCUCGCGUGCAUAGUGCUAGGGCUAAGCGCCUUCCUCCACCUUUACCACCUCUGCCUAUGCAACCCUCUGCGCCGCCCCCGCCGCCUACCCAGAUUGUACAACUGUACAGUGCCAAACAAGCACAGGCGACACCACAGGCGAAUUCACUUGCGAAUGGCCCAGCUUCACGGCAAUGGACGCCCCCUGACUCGUGGGCAGUCGCGGGGGAUGACGAAGUAGAGCUCGUUGAAUCCAUCUCAGAGUUCGAAUCAGCGACCUCUAUAGCGAGGGAAAGCCCCCUAUUUGUAUCGUACACGAUUGACGGAAAGUCGAGUAUCCCAAGCGACGGCGAGGCGCACAAGGUUUCAGUUGCCGAAAUCCCUUUCGAGGCUCGGGUAUCGCAUGUCGUGGUACCCAAAGUCAAAGCAAUUGUGUAUCUAGAGGCGAAAGUCAAAAACACCAGUGAUUACCGCCUCAUGCCUGGACCGGUCAAUGUCUUCUUCGACGAUAGCUACGUCUCUCAGACAUCAAUCAAGGACAUUGCUCCGGGCGGUGAAUUCACAUGCACUCUCGGGCCUGACAUGGGGACUCGCGUGUCCUACAAACGCACGUCAAAGCUCGAGAAAGAGGCAGCGAGUCGUUUUGCGGAACAAUUCUCCACCACGGCGUAUACCGCGCUCACGACUGUCACCAACACCCAUCCUUUUGCGCUCGGCAAGCUGAUUGUGCGGGACGGUCUUCCGAUCAGUGACGACGGAAACCGGGUCCGCGUGAUUUUACGCGAGCCGUCCGUUCUCGCGGAGAUGGAGCAAGGCGAAGAGAAGAACGUAGGCGAGCAUAGAAUUGCCUGGAGCUCUUCUUCUGGGCGGAAGGAGGGCCUGUACGAGUGGCACUGUUCGCUUGGCGCUAGUAAGGAGAUCGCUCUGUCGACCUCCUGGGACGUGAAAGCACCUGCGGAUGUCAGCUGGGUUGAGUCAUGA